AUGGCUGAGAAUCCAAAUGCGAGCAAUACUCCAUUACAAAACAAAACUAAUGGUGGUGUUGGAUCAUCCAGCCGGCGCGGGAACCCUUCUCGUGGCCGUGCUGGCUAUUGGCGAGGGAAUUUUAGAGGUUUUCGACAUCAAGCCAGUUUGCCACGUGAAAAACCGGUUGGAUUCGCACUGCUCCCGGGAUUAACAAAAGAUACACUUGGAUCAACGAGCGGUUCACAAAUUACUAGCUAUUCAACUAAUUUACGAAGUGCCUCGUGUGAGUACGCCGGAUGGAAGUUGUAUUUCCCAAAGGAAGAAUAUUCGGCAGGCUCCAAAACAGUUCAUCGUGUGAAAGCAAUGCAAAAACAUUAUGGUAACUGUGCAGAUCAUUAUGAUCCCAUGCAGGUGAAGAGCAGCUGCUGGUUUGAGCUAAAACUGGACGUUUGUGAGGGCGACAGCCAGCUACGCACGCAAUGGUGUUCAUUCCGGCAAGAUUUAACAGACAAUCCUGAGCAUUCGUUAGCGUGCAUUGGACUAGCGAUGCACCACCUGCUAAUGUGCCAACAACCAGCUGGUGGCAGCACACCGCCCGAUGCUAAGUUCUGCCUACAGGUUAUAAGGCCUCGAAUAGUGGGUUUCGGGCCAGAGGUUUCCAUCGCUUCCAUCAAAGUCAGCAGUUUCGGAAAGCUGGUUUCCAUUCGUGGCACGAUCAUUCGAGCCGGAGCCUCCCAGAUAAUGAAUACCUGGUGCGCGUUUCGUUGCGCACAGUGUGGAAAUGAGCAGGCAGUCUACCAGAAAGAUGGCAUAUACACCACACCGACGUCGUGUCAUAGCGGGUGUAAGGCACGCAGUCAUUUCGUGCUCUUGCAACAGUCUAUUUUCACUCGCAUGGAAGCGUAUCAAACCAUUCGGUUGCAGGAAACGACUCAAGGAUCUCGGACGAUUUCAGGAAACGUGGCUAAGAACAUCGAAAUAGAGCUCACACACGAGCUGGUGGAUAGCGUGUGCCCGGGAGAUGACGUUACCGUGACGGGUAUCUUGAAAGCCCGUUCGCAAGAUCCGGAUGGCACAGCGAAAGCCAGCCUGUACAAGGCAUACAUGGAGGCUGUUUACGUGCGAAGCAAUAAGAACGUGCUGGCCAACUGGAACCGGUUGGCGGAGUUUACCGAGCUGGACAUGCAGGCUAUACAGGCGAUAAAAUCGGAACCGUCACCGUUUCGGCUGCUGGUACAAUCACUCUGCCCCACCAUCUUUGGUCAUGAGAUCGUAAAAGCUGGUCUUUUGCUGGGUCUCUUGGGCGGGGAAGUUACUUCCAGUCGAACUAGAGCCGAAAUUCAUGUACUUGUCGUUGGCGAUCCGGGCAUAGGUAAAAGUCAAAUUUUGCAAAGGUGCGCUAACGUUUCUCCCCGGGGCAUCUUCGUGUGCGGAACCAAUUCCUCUAACGUGGGGCUUACGGUGACGGUACGGACGGAGAAGGGAGUUGGUGCAUCACUGGAAGCGGGUGCACUCGUGCUGGCCGAUCAAGGCGUUUGCUGUAUCGAUGAGUUUGAUAAGAUGUCCAACCACCACGGGCUGCUGGAGGUCAUGGAACAACGGUCGGUUAGUGUCGCGAAAGCGGGCGUAAUCUGCACGGUACCUGCCCGUACAAGCGUCCUAGCCGCCGCUAACCCUGUCGAUGGCCACUACAACAAAGCAAAAACGGUGUCCGAAAACCUGAAACUCCAUCCCGCUUUGCUGUCUCGUUUCGAUUUGGUUUUUAUUCUGCUCGAUCGUUCAAACGAACGGACGGACAAUCUGCUCACGGCUCACAUACAAAAAGUGCACGGUCUUUCAAGAUCUACUUCCUCGCAAGCGCAAUGGUUUUUCGACGCCACUGGAAGCACCCCGAUGGAGGACGAUAGAGAAUCUCCCCUGGAGGAACGACUCAAACUGCUGCCUGGAGAGAAAUUAGAUAUCCUUCCAGCGGAACUCUUACAGAAGUAUAUAGGAUACGCACGAAAAAACAUCCACCCAAAGCUAACGGCGAAGGCCGCUGAAGAGUUGCGAGAUUUUUUCGUUGAAUUACGCCGGACACAUCAUCAAACGGACAUGAUUCCCGUUACCACCCGCCAGCUAGAGGGACUGAUUCGAUUAACCCAGGCGCGGGCCAAAAUCGAUCUGUCAUCGGAAGCGACGGUCAGCCACGUGCGCGACGUGCUGGCCAUCUUGCGACAGAGUAUGUUGGACGUGUUUAGCACUGAUGAGGGCGAUCUGCAGUUCUCGCGGCUAUCAAACGGCAGUGGCACCAGCAAGUCAUCGAUGGUGAGGAAGUUCGUGCGUGUGCUAACGUCACGAUCCGCAGUAAAGGGCUCCACGCUUUAUUCGAUGGCUGAUUUACGCGAAGCAAUGGUAGCUGGUGGUAUAAGCGCUAAUUGCAGCGAACUGAUCGACACCAUGAACGUGCAGGGUUUUUUGCUCAAGAAAGGACGCGAUUGCUACAAGUUCGUAGCAGAUUGAUGAUCGAAA